GGAUAAUAAACGGCCUCGGGGGCGAGGCCGGGCAGAGCCGGGCCGGUGCAGGACAGGAGGAAGGAAGGGAAAGGGGAAAGAACAGAGGUGAGGGGUGCAGGGGUGGGGAGCGCGAGGCGGUGAGAGGAAGCCGAGCAGCUGUGGCAUUCAGACAAGUAUAAAUAGCCUCCCGCUGGGCCAGAGCUCGGCCCCAGGGGUUUGCAGCUGCAGCGGCGCAGCCAGCCGGGUGUGCUAGGCGCAGGGCCGGACGGGGGGCGGGCGCGGCCCCUGGGGGCUCGGACCGACACCCCUCGCCAUCGCCACGUCCCCGGAUGCUCUCGCAGCCAGCCAUGCUGCUGGGCGGCCUCCUCCUCAUGGCGGCCACCACGACGGCGGCUCAACGGAGGGGGCAGGAGGCGGGCGGGCGCCGCUGGGCGCACCGGGUCCAGCACGGCCAGUGCAGCUACACCUUCCUGCUGCCCGAGCCUGAGCCCUGCCCGCCGGAGCCUGAGGCCUUCGGGGGCCCCAACAGCCUCCAGAGAGACUCGCCGGCCGCCGCGGCGCUGCACCUGGGGGACUGGCCCACGCAGCGCGUGCGGCAGCUGGAGAAGGUGCUGGAGAACAACACGCAGUGGCUGCAGAAGCUAGAGAGGUACAUCCAGAUGAACUUGAGGUCGGAGCUGGAGCAGGCCCAGCAGCACAUGGUCCAGAACCAGACAGCCACCAUGCUAGAGCUGGGCAGCAGCCUGUUGAACCAGACCACCGCCCAGACCCGCAAGCUCACCGACGUGGAGGCUCAGGUCCUGAACCAGACGUCGCGAAUGGAGAUCCAGCUGCUAGAGACCUCCCUCUCCACCAACAAGCUGGAGAAACAGCUGCUGCUGCAGGGCCACGAGCUCCACCGGCUGCAGGGCCACAACAGCGCGCUGGAGACGCGGGUGCAGGCCCUGGAGACGCAGCAGCAGGCGGAGCUGGCCAGCCUCCGCGGCGAGAAGGAGCGGCUGCGGCGCCUGCUGGGCCGCCAGAGCGGCGCCCUCGCCGGCCUCGAGCGCAGCCUGCGCGCCGCCAGCAGCAACUCCAGCCUCCUGCAGCGCCAGCAGCGCCAGCUGCUGGAGUCGGUGCAGCGUCUGGUGCGCGUCGUGGUGCAGGGCCCGGCCUCCAUGAGGGCAGCUGAGCAGGCGUUCCAGGACUGUGCAGAGAUCCAGCGCUUCGGGGCCAAUGCCAGUGGCGUCUACACCAUCCACGUGGGCAACAUGACGGAGCCCAGGACGGUGUUCUGUGACAUGGAGGCCAACGGAGGCGGGUGGACCCUAAUCCAGCGCCGUGAGAACGGCAGUGUGAAUUUCCAGCGGAACUGGAAGGAUUACAGACAGGGCUUCGGCGACCCAGCCGGGGAGCACUGGCUGGGCAAUGAGGUGGUGCACCAGCUCACCAGCCGGGCAGCCUACUCUCUGCGCGUGGAGCUGCAAGACUGGGAAGGCCACGAGGCCUACGCCCAGUACGAGCAUUUCCAGCUGGGCAGCGAGGGGCAGCUGUACAGGCUUUCUCUGAGUGGGUACAGCGGCUCAGCAGGGCGCCAGAGCAGCCUGGUCCUGCAGGGCACCAACUUCAGCACCCGUGACGCGGACAAUGACAACUGCCUCUGCAAAUGCGCCCAGAUGCUGUCUGGAGGGUGGUGGUUUGACGCCUGCGGCCUCUCGAACCUCAACGGCAUCUACUACCCGGCUCGCCACCACGUGCGCAAGCUCAACGGCAUCCGCUGGCACUACUUCCAGGGCCCCAGCUACUCGCUGCGUGCCACUCGCAUGAUGCUGCGGCCCGUGGGCGUCUGACGGGCAGGCGGCCUGAGGCCGGACCACCCAGGAGGAGCCCCGCCUUGGCAGCCCGUGGGCAGCGGCACCCAAACACAGGACGCAAUGCCAGGGUCUCGUCCUCGACGCCCUGGGCCUCCUGAGCCACCCUCCUUGCCCCAGAAGUCCAGACGAGUCACCUGCCUCCCCGUUCCCCUCAGUCUGUGAAAUGGUGGGGCUUUGGGGACCCCUGCCUCUGCAGUACCCCUCGCCCCUCUUCCCUUGUCCCUCCUGCAGGGCCUCCCCGCCAGCCUGAGAGUCGCAAUACCCCGAAUAGGCCAAACUUGGCUCCUCAAAGGCAUACUUGACUAGGAGUGGGAUUGCAGGCAGGUGGGAAGGUGUUUGCGGGCAGGAAGCCGCCGGGUGGAGGCUCAGAUACCGUCCCUGGGGUGGGUGAGAGGGCCAUCUCCCACUCCAAGCUCCUGUUCCAAGCUUUCCUAGACUAGAGAUAUCCUUGAACUUUCUUUUCAAGACUGAAAGGAAUGCGUCCACCCCCAGUGGGUGGAUUAAUCAUGAUUUCCCCUCCAUACUCCACCACAGCUAGUCUCUGAUGUCUGGAGCUCAGGGGCUUCAGAAGACCUAAGAGGCAUUAUUACUUCACCCCCAGCACGUCCUAAAGUGUGUUCCACGGGGAAUAACUAGGGCUCCUCUCUAAAAGUACCUGUGAUCAAGUCAGAGAAGGAAACAGCAGGUUAAAUCAAAAUGAAUAGGUAUUCUUACCUGCA